AUGUCCGCCCCGCGUGGUCUCAAGCGGAUCCUCCAAAAAUCCCCGUCCGACGUCGUCGUCCUGUCAUCUCUCCGUACAGCAGUCACUCGCGCCAAAAAGGGUGGAUUCAAAGAUGCCUAUCCUGAAGAGCUCCUCUCGCACGUCCUCCGCGCGACGCUAGCCGCCAAUCCAAACCUUGAUCCUGCACUCAUCGAAGAUGUGUGUAUUGGCAGCGUAUUGCAGGAGCUUGGAGGCGCGAAGGCCGGCCGCAUGGCUCAGAUCCAUGCGGGGUUCCCUCACACCGUGCCUUUCCAUACUAUCAACCGACAAUGUAGCUCAGGGUUGGCUGCUAUCACGUCGAUUGCUCAUUCCAUCUCUGUUGGAGCCAUAUCUAUCGGCGUCGGGGGCGGAAUGGAGUCGAUGACGCGGAAUUAUGGUUCGAGGGCUAUCCCAACAGUUUUAUGGCCAGAGUUAAAAAAUUCGCCGUUGAAGGACUCUAGGGAUUGCAUUAUGCCCAUGGGACUUACUUCUGAGAAUGUCGCCGCGAGAUAUGGAAUUGACCGACGGGAUCAGGACAUGUUUUCGGUACAGUCCCAUCAGAAGGCGGCUGAAGCACAGAAAAAUGGAUUGUUUGACAAAGAGAUUGUUCCUGUUACAACAAAGUCCAUAUCUGCAGACAGACCUGACAGCCCAGCGGAAGAAAUCACUGUUACAAAAGAUGAUGGAAUACGACCAACCGUGUCUUUCGAGAAAUUGUCUACUCUGAAGGCGGCCUUCUCUGAGACCGGGUCCAGCACUGCAGGCAAUAGUUCACAAGUUAGUGACGGUGCCGCUGCUACUCUCCUCAUGCGCCGUUCAACUGCCACUGAAUUGGGCCUGACCUCCAGCAUCAUUGGAAAAUGGGUGUCUACCCAGGUUGCCGGAUGUGCUCCAGAUGAGAUGGGCAUCGGCCCCGCCGUUGCUAUCCCAAAACUCCUGAGCCAUACUGGCCUCGAAACAUCCGAUGUUGGCAUUUGGGAAAUCAACGAGGCGUUCGCUAGCCAGGCGCUGUAUUGCGUUCGCAAGUUGAAUAUAGAUGAUGCCAAGGUAAAUCCAAAAGGCGGCGCUAUAGCUAUCGGUCACCCUCUCGGCGCGACUGGGGCAAGGCAGCUGGCUACUCUGCUCCCAGAGCUGGAGAGACAGGGAGAGCAGGUCGGCGUUGUGAGUAUGUGCAUUGGUACGGGGAUGGGAAUGGCGUCCCUGUUUGUCAGGGAGUGA